AUGAAGCGCGUCGGGGAUUUGGAGCACACCAUGGCUCCUCCUCACAGCGCGACUGCUACAGGAAAGCAGCACGAUAGUACAUUCGGCGUACAGAGUCUUGCAGACACUUUGGAGGCUGCUUUCGGCCCAGAAGGUACAGAUCCAGAAAAGGCUAGUAAGACGCAGCAUGGGGCAAAGAGUUCAAGAUCCGAGUCGCAUAGCUCUUCCACAGAUUCAGUCACACCGCCAGACAAAUCCAGGAUAAACUCGGUACGGAAACUUAGGAGGAACUACACCAAAAAUGACACGAUCACUCACUUUAAACUUCCCGCCCCCAGCGUCGACGUUCCUUCUCCACUCCCCACGUCCGCUAUGGGGAGCACACCGAGGUCGGCUUCGAUAACGUCGCUCAAGCUAUCUGACGAGGAGUUUGCCAUGGAUGAUGCUGCGAGCCAGGCCGUUGUCUCAAGUGGAGAGGAGGAAGAGCAGGUAGAGGUACAGCAGGAUAUGGCGAGCUUCCCACAGCUGGUCAUGCCUGAGAUGCAGAUGCCAACCAGGAGGCCUUUCACUACCAGAGGCAAGGCUAUGGGAAAGCUGAGAGUCAUGGUGGCGGGCGAAACAGGUGUCGGCAAAUCGUCCCUUAUUCGAUCCAUCGUCCAGGCCUGCGAAGACAUCGUACACGUAGAUCCUCUAUCGCCCUCGCAGCCAAGCGCACCCCUACGCCCGACCAAGUCGAAGUCUCGCACAAAGAAAGCCGAGCAUGCGGUCACAACACGGGUGACUGAGAUACAUGCGAGCACGAAGCCUUACCCUCAUUGGUGGACUGAUACCGAAGAGAGCGGCAUUCUGCGGAGAAGAAAGAGCAGUAUGGAUACAGUCUUGGAGAGAAACAUUUGUUUUGUAGACACCCCUGGCUACUCACAGGGCUCUGCAGAGAAGGAUAUGAGCAUGGUGAUAGACUACGUCGAGUCGCUGCUAUACCAGACCUCAUCAGUGACAACGUUGGAUGACAAUGACGUGCUUGGGGUGGUCAGUGGUAGUGGAGGCGUCCUAGUUGACGUUGUCAUAUACCUACUUCCACCAAAUCGGGACAUCACGAAAGAUGUCGAGUACAUGCAACGGCUAUCGCACUUUACCAACGUCGUACCUGUCAUCGCCAAAUCAGAUACACUUUCAGCGCAAGAAGUGGUAGCUCUGAAGACGUCGAUUCUUGCGCGGCUGCAAACCACUGCUCUCAGACCCUUCUUUUUCGGCAAAGCUAUGGACGAUGCACUACUCGCCGUACAAGGCCUUCCAGUCGCCAGGACUUCGGCUUCAGGAGCGCCGAGUGAGGCAGCUGAAUACCCCUUCACUACACCAACCUACCCUUACGCCGUCUCUUCGACGUCUGGUCCAGACCACGAUAACAUGGAUGCAUCCUUGCUCAUGUCGCCCGACUACGUGCAGCCUCUUCUUCCUUCUGAACUCGCUACACUAGUAAACCAGGUAUUCGAUCCUGAUUCUAUUGCGUGGCUUCGGCAUUCAGCGGCAAAGAAGUUCCUCGCAUGGCGGCGCACGAUAAAGUUACCUGGUGACUCUGUAAUGCUGCAAAGUCUAGCUCAACCACGUAGCCCGACAACGGCUUCGGUCGGACUAAAUGGAGCCAACCUGAACUCAUCGGCAGCAUCCUCAGUCUUCUCCGCUGCAUCACCAUCGGGUGUCCUGGUACCCGGAUCAGGAUCACCCUUCUACCCAUCGAACCUACAAUCCCCACUCCUCGCCUCCUCUCCCUCCCUAGCCAACUCCGAAUCCCUCGAGCCACUUGGAAACUUCUCACUAGCAAGAUACAACACUGCGCAAGGCGAGCAGCGCCUCAGCGAAGUACGGAUAGCAAGAUGGGCAACGGAUCUGCAGCGCAGCCGACGAAACGAAAGAGAACGGUUCGAGGAACUCCAGAGUAACGACAGGGCGAAGUGGUUGCUCGAGCGCGUCGGCGAAGAGGUAUCGAAGGGCACGAUCGUCGCAUCGCCCGGCGAGUUACCGAGAGCUGAAUGGGCGCUCGUCAGACGCGAUAGCGACGAGAAGAAAACUGUCAAGGUCAGUCAACGCUAUGCCAAAGCUGUUGGGCUGGACUCGCGAGAUCCGCUCGGCCUGUGCAACUUCGGCGACGAGUUAAGGCGACAGAGCUUCGUGCUUGUCAAGGUGCUCGGCGGUAUGAGUGUGUUGGGUGCUGUCGUCGUGGCUGUCGUUAGGGCGUGCGGCAUUGAGACUGGGCUGCCUCAGCUUGGUUGGUGGGAGUGGAUUACCAACUCGGAGUAG